CCACUGCUUACUGCUAUAUUUUUACCUUCCUCCCAUCCAGUACUGUCGAUUUCAUCGGGAGCUGCUAUUUUACCGAGAUCUGCAAAUGCAAACUGAAGAACAUCGCGUGUUUGAAGUGCGGUAACGUCGUCGGUUACCAUGUGAUUUCCCCCUGCAAGCCCUGCCUGCUGUCCUGCAACAACGGCCACUUGUGGAUGUUCCACAGCCAGGCCGUCUUUGGCAUCAACAGACUGGACCCUUCUGGUGUGAAUGUAUUGCUCUGGGGCAACUUGCCAGAUUUGGAGGAGAGCACAGAUGAAGAUAUGUCCUGCGUCUCUGAGGAGGAGUAUAUCAGAUAA